CGGGCGCCCCGCAGCCCCGCCGCCUUGGGUCCGGCGGCGCCAUGAGCAGCUUCGGCGGGAGGAUGCGCGAGUAUCCCCGGCUCUCCAUCGACCGCUUCGACCGCGAGAACCUCCGCGCCAGGGCCUAUUUCCUGUCCCACUGCCACAAAGGUCCGCUCCUGCUGCUGCUGCUGCUUCGCCGUUUCCCUUUCCUCCUCCUCCUCCUCCCGCCCUCACAACAGCCCUGCGAGGGAGGCCCCGCUGAGAGGCAGCGACUGGCCGAGGGGGGACGAGCCCGCUCUCCCCAGGGCCUCGCCCAGCACUCCAACCGCUACACCUCACAGCCCUUGCCUUAUGCUGCCCCCCCCCCAACAUCCUUCCAGCCAGUGUUGGUCAACACCGAAGUAGGGAGCGCUUUGCUUUUGUUUUACUAUUUUUCAUUCUUAUUACUAUCCACUGCCGGGGCUUCGCCUCGGGAAGAGAAGACUCACAGAGACAAGUGUCUUUGAGCAUGCACCGAGUGCCAUACUUUCUUCUCAGAACUGCCCCCUUCAUUGUGUUUCAAAAGGUGCUGCCCGCCUGGUUGAAACCAGCUGCUGGCAAAACUCUCCUGGCAAAUCUCUGGUCCUGGACAUGCUCUGCCUGCUGAUCUGCGCCUGCCUCUGCUGACGCCCCAGAGCCCUUGUCCCUGAGCAGUAACAGGAGAAGUCUGUCCAGCUCCUGAUACCUGCCAGUGCUCAGGUUACUUUCCAGGGAUAUCGCAUAAAGCCAAAAUCACAUAAAGUCAAAACAUUUUGGGUUUAAUGACAGGUGGGAUUGAUAAACUCUACCCCCCCAUGCACUCCCCCCCAUUUUAAUUUUUGUUUUUUUUAAUUGCCAAGUGCAUAAAGCUGAACCCGCACAAGUUAAAUGCUGAUAAGUGGAGAGUUCCCUGUAAUGGCAUUCAUUGCACACUUCAGGAGAAGGAGGGGUUCUGAAUUGGGCUGCAGUUCCUCAGAAAAGGAUCCUGUCCCCUGAGCAAUUUGUGCUAUUUCCUGAGCAACUGUUUUAGAAGAUUCUGGGACAGGAGCAUGAUUUAACCCUGCUUCUCUGAUCAUGCUGACGCUUGUGCCUGUCCUUCUGGCCUGUACUGAGGCCCAAGACUGUUCUUAGCAUGGCGGAGUUCUAAAAUAAUCUUCCUCUUUUAAUAUGUUAAUAUUUAGAUCACAUGAAAGGCCUGAGAGCUCCUUCCCUAAAAAGAAGACUGGCAUGCAGGUAAUGAAAAGGGAGAAAGACGUGUGUGAGAAUAGGCUGGGACCUGUGGUGAGUGAAGGGAUAAGAAAGCAUCAGCACCUUCUCAGGCUGAUCUCCUUAAGGAUGAGAAGAAACUUGUUUUUAUUUUAAACAUGGAAGUUUAGCUUCUCAUAUUCUGCAACUAAAUACAGUAAUCUGUAAUUUAUAAAAUGACCAUAGUAGAUUCUCUGAUUUACUGCAUAUACACCCUUUUGCUUUGUUUGUUACCUGAGUUCUUAGCAUUCUGUCUGGGUCCUUAGUAAAAACUACAAUUUCACUUCCAUUUCUCCCAUGUGGGUAAGUGUAGCUCAGAUUCUAAGGAUUUCUCCCUCCCCUUUCCUGCCCAGUUCUUAAAUGUAGUUUUAGGAUUCAUUUAUCUAUGUGUGUUUUACACUGCACUUUCUGCAGUGCAUAUUUUUACAUGCCCUGAGAAUUUUAGCCAGCCUUUUCUAUUUACCCCCUAAAUGUACUCAGCUAAUGCAGGGAAGGUGCUGGAAUGUGGGAUUCAAAUCUUGGAAGAUGAGUAGUUUGGGUAGAGCAGUGGUCAGCAACCUUUUUCAGCCGUGGGCCGGUCCCCCGUCCCUCAGACCAUGUGGUGGGCUGGACUAUAUUUUGGAAAAAAAUAAUGAACAAAUUCCUAUGCCCCACAAAUAACACAGAGAUGCAUUUUAAAUAAAAGCACACAUUCUACUCAUGUAAAAACACCAGGCAGGCCCCACAAAUAACACAGAGAGGCAUUUUAAAUAAAAGGACACAUUCUACUCAUGUAAAAACAGGUUGAUUCCCGGACUGUCCAUGGGCCGGAUUGAGAAGGCAAUUGGGCCUUAGGCAUAGCUGUCAAUGUUUCCCUUUUUUCAAGGGAAAUUCCCUUAUUCCGAAUAGGAUUCCUCACAAGAAAAAGGAAAAGUUGACAGCUAUGGCCUUAGGUUGCCUACCCCUGGGGUAGAGGCAAAGUUGUCUAGCUAGCAAGUGUGUGGUGUCAGAUGGGUGUCUUCUGUCUGUAGGCAGGGGAAGAGACUAAAGGGCAUAUAAUACAGCAAAUGAUGUCUGGGAUUGCUUACUUCUCCCUCCUUAAGUCACAGACACCUUUGCCAUAUCACAGACUUGCUUGUUGAAGGAGUUUGCAAGGAGGCAUGGGAACUACUUUUUGUUUGAUUUUUUGGAUAUUGGACAACCACCAUUUGCUUUUUUGUGAGACAUGUAUCUCUUUUUUCUUCAAAGCUUAAAAGUUCGCUUGUAUUGUUCACCAGUAACAAAGGAGUUGCUGCUAACUAAUCCACGGUAUAAAUUUUGGGAGAAUCACAUUGUAAGUUGCCUCUUUUCAUGUGUAGUUGAAGUAAACAGACACUAUUAAUGCAUCUUAAAGCUGUUAUAGCUAGCAAUGUCAGCAAAAGAUGAAGCUGCCAUAAUCCUAAGGUCAGGCACCCCCAAACUCGGCCCUCCAGCUGUUUUGGGACUACAACUCCCAUCAUCCCUAGCUAACAGGACCGGUUGUCAGGGAUGAUGGGAAUUGUAUUCCCAAAACAUCUGGAGGGCCGAGUUUGGGGAUGCCUGUCCUAGGUGGUGAAGUCCAUUUAAACUGUGUUGUAGUCAUCAUCUUUAAUUUUAGUAUGUCUACUCUGAGUAAAACUCAAUACCACCCUAAGCUUUACUUCGUUCACCUGUUGUGUCUUAAAAUGAAAUACAAAGGUGUAUCCUGGGACUUCCUUCCUUUCUUUAGACUGUUCAGUCUCAGGUUCUCUCUGCCCUGGCAGAGCCACAGAAGGAGAUGGUGGCACAGGUCUCUUCAUGCAGAGAGAACUCCAUAAUAAUAAUAAUAAUAAUAAUAAUAAUAGUUUAUUUAUAUCCCGCCCUCCCCUGCCGAAGCCAGGCAUUAGCAUUUCAUCUCAAGCUCCUGUCUGAUAUACGGUAUGUUCCAGACUUUUUGUGGAGCUUCUCUUGGUGCAGAACAGAGGAUUAUUAGGCUGCAAAGAAAUUGUGGAACAUGACUCAAAAAGGAAGAAACUUGGUGAAAAAAAUUGUUUUUUUGAAUGAGUCAUAUUUCUUCCUUUGCUGGGUCAUGUUUUGCAAGAAGUACCCAUUAACAGUUGCUUUUCGUAGAUCUGAGGUCCCUCAGGUGCAUGUCCUCAGGCAUUCUGUGGGGCCCACAACAGUUUCCAUACAGGUUUCUUAGAUUUUGACAUGCCCCCAGGCUCCAGAAAGUUGGGGAGCCUUGUCAUAAGUUAAUGGCUUACCUUCCACAGGAAUGUGCUUGUCUCCUGAUCCUAGCUAUUACCAUGCCAUUAAAAACAUCUGUUUUGUACAUGCUGUAAAAACAGUUCUCAUCACCUAUAAUGUGCCUCUGUACAUUUGUUUGUCUGUCUGCUGUAGGUUUCCAUUGAAGUUGAAACUCCAACGCAGAUUUCUCUGGUUGAUGAAGCAUCUGGUGAGGUAGUCAGUUAUGUUGACUGUUUAACAUUUUAAUAUUUCACCUAAGUAGGUAGGAGUGCUAGUUACUCUUUGCUCUGAAAUUCCAAUUUUGGCCAACAAAAUGGAAGCCUACUAUCUUUUUUACUUUCUCCUUGUUUGUCCUAAUUUCCUCUCUCUUUUAUACUGUGCUUUGAAGUCUUCAGGUUUCUCCUCUUUUCUGCAUCUUUAUAAUAAAAGUAUAUGCUAAUAGCAUAUGGCACAAGAACCCAUGCCACCAGGCAAUUUCUAGCCCAUGCACCUUAUUGGCAGGUGUUUUUCAGGCACCACUAAUCAGCUGGUGGUCUGUGCCUGCACAGCUCCUUGCACAGCACUUCCCAGCCGCCACUUCUCAGGACUUCCCCAGGGCUGGUGAUCAGCAGAUUGUCAGUGCUAGGGAAGCACUGGACAUGUCUUGCCAGCACCAUUUGAAUUCACAGAGCAAGGGCAAAAGUGAGUUGUUGUGACAUCAAGCAACUGACAGGUCAGCAACCUGUCUGUCUCCCCACCUGCCUGUCAUACCUGGUGAGAGGGAGAGGUACGGAGAUAAGGAGUGGAUCCACUGGCCAGAUUCCCAUCCUUGAUAUAAAUGAAAGUCAGGGGCAGGGCAAGAGCCUGUGAGACUGGUCUCUCCCCACACCCCCAGGCCACGGGGUCCUAUCCCCAGAUGCCUUGCGCGCACAGGGUUCUGUUUCCCACCUCCUUGUCUUCACUCUGCACAGCAGCCAGGCAAAAACUAUUCAUUACAAAGUUAACAUGAAACGAGUCAAUGUCUGUGUGUCUUCCUUCCUUCCUUUGUGUCUCUUUCCAGAAAGAAGAUUUAGUUGUAACGCUUCUGCCAGCCGGCCAUUGCCCAGGAUCAGUUAUGUAUGCAUUUUUCUUGCCUUCAAAUAAUUAAUGGAAAUCAAUAUGAAAAAUAUAUGUCACAGUGGGUUGUGGUUCUAUAAGAAUUAAACUGCAGUUAGUUUAUUUUGGAUUUGUUUACCAAAGACUGACUUCCCCCACUUUCCGUCCCUGGUUAUGGGCGUGGGGGCCUUUUAAUGGGAUGCCUUGGUCUCGCACACCAUGCCCAGGCAAAAUUGCAGUUUGUAUUCAUAUUUAUUACUAUUUAUUAAUGAGUUGGUCUUUCGACAUAACAUAGAAUCAAACACAGUACAAAAUAAGAUUUAAAAUACAAUAAAAACAGAAUAAACAAAUGCAUGGCAAUGUUAGUUGAACCAGCAGCAGGCUGCAGAAUGGGAGAGGGGGAGUGGUAGAGGGACUUAAAUUUCUCUUUUGUCAUCCUUUUCUAGUGGUUAUUCUGAACCAAAAAGUGAAGCCAGGAUUUGAGGCUGUUUCUGUAAUUAAGAGAGAAUCCCAUUGGUGUUAGCUGCAGUUAAUGCCAAUGCUGAUGGGAAAUGAAACUGCACUUACAGCUUGGGGGAACAGGGCCUUGUUUGGUUUUUUGUGAGAACUGGGGAGAGCCACAAGAGCGAAUGCACACAGUUACAAGCGUGAUAAGAUACUUGGGGCAUUGCUCCUGUUUAUAUGCCUCUUCGUCCCGCUAUGUGCAAUCGUCUGCUGCCCAAGUUUCUUAGCCGAAAACCAGUGCCAUAGCCCACUCUCCUGGCUUUCACCAUUCCAUUGUUCCGAAACCCAGCAAAACCCCCAAUGCUGAAACUGACAGCAGUGCCUUUUCUCGUGCAGGUUUCUCUUCCAAGGUGAAAGUGGCACUGUGUUGUACACUGGGGAUUUCAGACUUGCCAAGGGAGAAGUGGCCAGAAUGGAACUUUUGCAUUCGGGGAGCAGGUAAUGGAUUGUGGACCUUUCUGGUUUGGCUUCGUUGUCCUUUGAUUAGAGGGUCAGGUGCGUGACAGGCAGAACCCUGUUCUGUUAACCCUUUGCAGGUACAAUAACUUGUAAAUGGUAUGCUUUGCACGUGAAAACCACUAAAACACAUGGACCCUGAAUGCAAACCUCUUAAACCUUUAGAGAGCAGUCACAGCUUUGGCCCGGGAGCUGACAGAAAGGAAACCCCGGAGCCUUAGCGCUUGCAUAUUGCCUUCCAUGGCCACAGUGUGCCGUGGAGAUUUGGGCACUGCUUUGGUAGGAAGGCUGCUUGGUUUCUUCUAGGUGCAUUCAUUUGUGAAGGCAAAUGUCACCUUUUGGAUGCCAACAGAAAUACGAGUAUGUUGCUGCGUAACACGCGACUGAUAGCGCUGUGCCAAGCACAAUCUUGAAUAUUGAAUUUCUCUCUUACAGAGUGAAAGACAUCCAGAGUGUGUAUUUGGAUACUACUUUCUGUGAUCCCAAGUAUUAUCAGAUCCCCAGCAGGGUAAGUAUAAUUUGAAGGAAGAGGUUUCUUAAACAAACAAAAAAACCCAACAUGCAGCUUGCUUGCUUGCUUGCUUGCUUGCUUGGCCAGAAUUCCGCUUGGGACUUUUAGCACUCAACUUUUCAAUGGGAACUGUAGUUUAUUAGGGGUGCUGAGUGUUGGUAGGUGCCCACGUCCUCCUGGAGUGCUUUGACCUGACUGAAAUGUUGUCUUGAACUGUGUCGAUGCCUAUUUCUCAGCUGGAUGGAGGACAGAGAGAAGGGGCAGGAGGGAGGGAGAAACAUUUGACUUGUGUGUACCUCUGGCCCUUCCCACUGCUGGUAUGUGGACCCUGAAGCCCCCCCCCCCCCCGUGGAAGGGCAGCCCUUGGCCAAAAGAGGCUCCCUACUCUGCCUGCACAAAGUGCUUGGUUUUAGUGGCCAGGGAUCAGUUGUGGGCUCAACAGAACGCGAAUCCGUUUAGAUCUGCUAUAUGCGAAUGCCCUGCAGUCUUUUUCCUUCAACAGGAAGAAUGUAUGAAAGGCAUAUUAGAGUUAGUGCAAAGCUGGAUCACCCUCAGUCCUUAUCAUGUGGUGUGGCUGAACUGCAAAGCAGCUUAUGGAUAUGAGUAUUUGUUCACAAAUCUCAGCGAGGAGCUUGGAGUUAAGGUAAGAUUGUCGUUCUGAAUACAACCCCUUUCUGAAUGGAGCACAACCAUGAUCCCUCCUCCCCACCGCAAGGCAAAUUCCUUGAGAAGGAGAAGCUUGCUGUCUCUUUUCUCAGUUAGUCUACAACAGCACUAAUAAUGGCAAACUUAAUUUCCUAGGUGCACGUGAACAAAUUGGAAAUGUUUAAAAACAUGCCAGAAAUCCUCUACCACAUCACCUCCAAUCGGCACACUCAGAUUCAUGCCUGUCGCCAUCCAAGGGUGCGUAUCUGUCAGCAUUUGACACUCCCCUUGGGUGUUAAGUGCUAGAGGCCCUGGGGGCUCCAUGUUAAAGAAGAGUCUGGCUUUGAAGAAACCAGGAGAUGUUUGGCCAAAGCAGCUUUAAUAUUCUUAUUUGGAGGAAAGGUUUACUUUCCUAUGGCUUUUCCAAAACGACUAUUCACAGCGCUAUAAAAUGAACUAAACCAAAAUAAAACUAAAGCACAGAUGAGAUGACAGUAAAGUAUCACUUUUAAAAGCCCAUCAGGGAAGCUAUUAGACAGGUUCCCCCCCUUCCGCCCCUGAAAACACCACUCUGAAGGUCAGUCCUGGGUUGGCUGAGUGGAAGGGCUGUAGCUCAGGGACAGCACACAAGCUGUGCACAUCUGGGUAGAGCCGUCUGAUGCCUAAAAUACCAGAGAGCUGCUUCCAGUCAGAGUCAGCAACACUGAGCGAGGUGGAGCAGUAGUCUGACUUGGUGCAAGGCAGCUUGCUGUGUACCUUCAAGGGGAGGGCAUUCCAGGAACGGUUGCCACCUCUGAACAGCUGCUCCUGAGCCCCAGCUGAUCCCAGAGGAAACUUCAGGGAGGCAUGUGUUGGUGGAAAAGUACCUUGCAAUGUGCAGGAUCCAGGCUGCUUAAGGGCUUAGAGAUGCUACUCAGCACCUCCAACUGAGUCCAAAAGCACACCAAGUGUAUUCAAAGCAUGUCCGGUGCUAAGAGCAUAGAGAGAAGCUACAUUUCUUCAUAGCUGUGAUACUAAGUGUCAGUCUAGGGUGCUAGUGGGGGGGGGAGGAGGAGUGCUGAGCUCCCCUCAUUGUGCGAUGCUCCUCAAAAUAUUGCAAAGACCGCCCUCCACCCGUUUUAGGUGCUUGAAAGAACAAACAUGGCUGCCCAAUAGAGCUGGGCAAUAUGGUGACACAUUGGAUGGGCUUCUCUCUUCAUGGUCCCUAUACUGUAUGAAGCUUCUGAUCCUCAGAGCACAAAGGCAUCUAGGUGAUUUUGCAUCUGUUUGAAACAGGUUUUAUGUAUGUACUUUUAAUUCUCUCAGGGUUUAAUUGUAUUUUAAUGCUUGAAUUUUCUGUUUUUAGCAGUAUUUGUUUUCAUCUGUAAGCUGCCUUGAGUCUCCUCAGGGAAAAAUGGGGUAUAAAUGAAGAUGUUAUAAUUUUAGAAUAAUGUAAGAACUCUGGUGCUCUGUCUCCACUAGGUGGGCAGUCUGUGCACAGGAGGCAGCCAGUAGUGUGUGUGUGUGUGUGUGUGUGUGUGUGUGUGUGUGUGUGUGGUUUGUUUCCAUUUCUCACAGGGAAGCAGAGGAAGGUAGUAGGUAAAAGAAUUUGCAAAGUUACAUUAGGUAUUGAAAAAAGGAUGUGCUUGAUCUGCCCGGGUGCUACAGUUAAUGCUGUCUCUAUGACAGGAUGAUGAAAUGUUCCGAGGGAACAGGUUGCCUUGUGGUAUGAUUUCUCAGAAUGGAAAGCGGUUGCACAUAAUUAGCGUCAAGCCAUCCACAAUGUGGUUUGGAGAGAGGACAAGGAAAACAAAUGUAAUAGUGAGGCAAGUACUCUUUUCAAUUAUUUUUUUUUUUUUAAUUCUCGAGCAGUCCAGAGCAUGGAGCAGCUACUCUGCCAGACCCCAUUCAAGGUGUUGCUGCCAGUAAAUAAAGCACUAAAUGACCUAAUUGUGAAUGCAAGAGACAGCUUUCUCCCUUCCAGAGGAGAUCAGGCAGUCCCAGCCCACGCUCAAGUGAAACUCGAGGGCACUUUUAUUUGGGAGAAGAUGGGUACAUUUAGGUGCUGCAGUUUUUGUCACUUUGAUUAUUGCAUAUAGUUUCCUUGGAUUUUAUGUUAAUAGCUGCCCUGGCACACAUGGCAGAAUAUAGAUAAAUACAGGUAUCUUUAUGUAGGUCUCAGCAUGACUCUGCAACUGAAAAAGGUCCCUAUAGGGUCUUGCAGUGAUGAGUAAUAAGGUGGUCCCUGCCCUCUGACACGAUCUAAAACACAUGACACAAAACGAAAGUGGGGGAAGAACCAGCCUUGGGCUACUAGUUUUAAAGUCCUUCUCGAGUGUUUUCGCUGCCCUUAAAGGCUUGCAGGAACAAGGUGCUCCUUCUCUGGCCUGUGGGUGGGGCUUGGCUGGCCUCCCACUUUCCGUGAUAUUCUUCCAGGAAGGCAGGAUAUCAGUUUUUAUAUGUGAUCUGCUUUUUAUUAAGGUGCUGAUGCUGUUCACAUAUUGAUAAUUUAAUUUCUGGUUUCUGCUUAGGACUGGGGAGAGUUCAUACAGAGCUUGCUUUUCCUUCCACUCUUCUUACAGCGAGGUAUGUAUAGUAUUUGUUUUGUAAAAUGAACCCCUUUUACAAUAUACAGAGCAGCCUUUACAAGAUUUUAUAUUUAGAUUUUGUAGCCUUUAUAGGAUGCAUUUUGGGGGUUAGUAAAAGUACAAUAAUGAUUAUUCUUCAUCUUUAUGAAGCACAUCGAAGCCGCUAUAUGUUAUCUUGGUAAUCCUGAUAACAUCCCUUUGAGGUCAGCAGGUAUUUUCUCUAUUUUAUAGGCAAGGACUGAGGUUGAGGAGGGUGUAACAUGCCUAGGGAAACACCUCUUUCCUCUCAUAGCUGACAGGAGACUUGAACCAGAAACUUUGUAGCUUGCUGUCUUCGACUCAGCCCUGAAGCUCCACAGCCUGAAAUAGGCAAAGGGAGCCAAGCAUUAAUAAACGUCCAUGGAUUUCACAUGCCCCCUGAAUGGCUGAUUGUUUUCUGACGCUUGCUGCGUGAGAAGGCGGCAGCACCUGCCUCCUGGUAGGAAUGUCCACAAUAGCAGGUGCUGAUUCAGAGUGUGUUGUCCAUCACAUUUGGAGUCUGCCCGUCAUCCAAGGAUUCCUGCUUCAUUUAAGCCCCUUAAUGACCUACCGGCUUCACCCCACUGAAGUGGAACUUGAGAGAUAAAAAGUGGCAACCUUAAAUGGAUGCAUAUGUCAGAGAGAAAAGCUACAGAUGUCUGAGCAAAGGGGUCCUCAUGCCUGCUGGGGCCAUUCUACAAGCACAGCAGUCUCGUGCGCAAAUCAGAAUGCUGAUGGAGCUUUGACUGGAGAUGAUGACGUGGUGAGACACAGUGCCAGCGUGGUGCAGGGGGCAGAAUUGGAACUGGAGUCAUUUACCAUGUCGGCUGUGAGAGUUUUUCGCUCUCAGCCUCAUUUCUUUGUAAAAAGAAAAAAAAGCCUCUCAAAGCAAUGGCAAAUCACAGCAAAAAAAGGACUGCAAGCCAGGUUUAAAUGCAGAAAUUAAUUCCUCCUCGAAUCCUAUUUUGUAGAUUCAGGAUUUCUUGAGCUACAUUCGCCCGGUGAAUGUGUAUCCCAAUGUAAUUCCAGUAGGUGUGACAGAAGACAAACUUAUGGAAAUGUAAGUUUCUGUCUUUUUCUCUGGCUGUUUGCUGCAAAGAUGUUUUCUAACUAGUGUUGAAAAUGACACUGCCUUGUAUGACUUAUUUAUCUGUUAUGCCCACUGAAACUGCUCAAUUGAGAAAGCUUUAUUCCUUGUAGUAAUUUUCCAUCUCUGCUCUGCAUAGUAAAACAACAUGCUGUCAUUGUCCAUAUUCACAAGUGAAAGCCAUCUUCAUUAUGAAAGCAGCAUCCUGUUUCUGCUGUCUAGUAACAUCAGGGAGAGGAGCUUAGGCUCUAGAUAAAGAAGUAUGUUUAAAUCGGUUUUAUAUAGAUCUAUUUUUAUGACACAACCAUACUUUUAGGGAAGUAAUUUACAGUAGUAAUUCAUUUAUCUUGGGCCUGGGCUGGGCAUUCCCCCCCUUCCAUAAUUAUAAUAAGUCUGGCAAAGUACUUCUGGUUAUCUUAGCAGGGUUGUUGGUUGUUUUUUCAUUGAACACCUGAAUUUUUGUAAAGUUCAGUGUAGUAUGCAAGUGAUCUGAAUUUGCUGAAAAUUAAAGAGGAACUAAUGAAUGUUUCAGAAGUCUAAAGAGCUACAAAAUUCUGUAUUGCUUCUUCUCAGUUUAAAGCCAUUAUGUACAUCAUACAACAAAAAUAACGAGCUGAAAUAUAAACCACUUGGAGCACUGAAGAGAGCCAAACCCUCAGAAAUAACAGACACAGGUAAGAGAAAGGCAAGUUUUUCUCUUCCGUGUCAGAUGGAGAUGGCAAAGGAAAGGACUCCUGUGGUUUUGAAGCAGUAAAUCAUGUUUAUUGCAUGAUUAUGUCAUCUCUCUAAUGAACUUACUACAUUUUUAAAUUUCACUUGCAUCUCACCCUUCUAACCAACUCAACACGGCAUUCAUAGUUGCUGUCCACCCUCCAGCUUACAUUUCCAACACGCCUGUGGGACUUAGCUUACACUAAGUGAACAUGACUAACUUCAGGUCGCCCAGUAAACUUCGUAGCUUUAAGCAGGGAUUUUGCUCAGGGUUCCCAAGUCCUAGUCUGACAUUCUCCACCUGUACCCUAUCUCCCAAGUAUCACAGUGGCUCCCAGCGAGUUGUCACCCUGGUUAGCUUGGAGUCCAACAGUCCAGACAUUGGUUUACAGCCUCAUAGGCUGCUCAGCUGAUUCAAGCAUGCAACAGAAUCCUGGACUGUGCCCGUUCUGAUGAGGGAAUUGUAGACAAAAGCACACCAAUGGUAAAUCUCUCUGCAUGUAGAAAAUAGCUGGGAGAAGUUAGGCAACCUGUUCCUUCAUGUUGUGGUUUAGAAGGCCCCUCCCCCCAAAUGCUUGGAAGUUUUAUAAUCCAGGGAAAGGUGUCUUAUGAUGGUAAGGCAUUUGGAGAUUGGCUUCAAGUCAUCUUACUACCUUCUCAUGUUCCUGGUUUUUUUGUCUUGACAGAUGGUGGGAGUGAUGAUCUCUUUGAUACAGAAUUGAUUCCUAUAAGAUACAAGAUUCCAAAACUUCUCCCAGAAAUGACAGCAUCUGAAAAUAGGCCCCUUCCUGAUAACCAUCAAGAUGACAGCGACAAAACAAGUUAUAGGGCAACUUCCAUGCCAGCCCCUUUGAAGGUAGAUUUCAUAGAGUGUGAGGAAUCCAACGGUGAGGAUGACGAUGAGGAGGAAGAGUUGGAGAAAGACAUGGUUCUAGAUGAACUUCUGCCACCCAGUGCAGAGUCUGCCACUGUCUUGCCAAAUCCAGGAUUGGUCUGUUCAGAGCCCACUUGCAAACAAAACGAGGACCCGGAAGUGCCCAAGUGGGAUGCCUACUUUAAGCGACACGUAGAAGACACAGAUGCCUCUGAACACGAGGACUAUGCUCCAGCUCCCACAGAUUCUAGUGAGCCUCAGUCUCCCAACCUGUUCAGCGAUAAUGAGGAUUUUAGUGAUUCUACCCACAUCUCCUCCCAAAACUCUUCUCAGUCAACGCACAUAUCUGAACAAGGUAGCCAAGGGUGGGACAGUCAGGCGGAUACUGUGCUCAUUUCCCCACAAGAGCGAAAGACUGAGUCCACCCCUUUAAAGAGAGGAGCAGAGCGAGCAAUGCUUUACGCAUCUUGUUUUCCUGCUGGGGAAAACCGAACAGACAUGCAGAGUUGCAAGGCUUUGGCUCACAGUGCACCUUCUACAAACAGUAUUAAGUCGGAUCGCCAAGGCAGAGCUCAGGAGGCAAGUGCAGCAGCAGCAGCAGCACCUACUCUGAUGCCAAGUGUGCAGGCUGAAUCAACUCCGGAGAGGAGCAAACAAGGGAGUUCAGGGCUGCUCAAGCCUGAGGACCAGCUAGAGUCUCAGAGCUCUUCUGACUUUGAAAUCCCCUCUACCCCCGAGACAGAGGUUCCUAAACCAGACCAGCUAUGCAGCCCGUACAAGAAGCUCGCAGCAGGGGAAAGUCUGCUCUGAUCAGGUAGCAAAAAGAGCUAUCAACUUUUUUCUGUCACGAAUGAAUGAAUGACGUGAUUCCUCAAAUCAUGUAUUUUGACAGUUGACCAUGUGCCACUUGAAUUUUUGCUUUUGUAAUUUCUAAUUUUUAUACUGAAAAUGCAAACUAUGAUUCUGUUUUUAUAGGAAGUUGCUUCAUUCACACUGAGAGAACCUGGAAAUCUAACUGAACCAUUUGCACUCUGAAUUUUAGGGUUCAACAAUAGAAGUAAGAUUUGAUAAUAUGACCUUGGCAAUCCUUUUGGAAACCAUGGCUUUAAAGUCUGCUUGGAUUUUAGUUUCUCUUUUCUGUGAUCAUUCUUACACUUUAAUACCACUAAAACUUUCGAUAACCCACACAAUGUUUUCUACUCUUCCUAGUCUUUUUUACCAGCAGAACAAAGCUGCCAUUAUUUAAAAUUCUCCCUUUUCCUUAAGGUCUGUUAAUCUGUUCUUUGCUUCAAAUAUUAGUCCAAAACCAGUAGCACCUUCAUAUACAUUCUACUGCUUUGGGGCCAACCUGUGUUCACAAAGGACACUACCGUACCAUUUUGAAAAUAAAAACUAUAGCCCAAUUGGGAGGCAAGAAAAUAUUUAACAAAAAUAGGCAAAGACUGGUUGCUGUAACAGUGAGUCUAGUGUUCAGGUCAUGGGUUUGACACAAUCAGCAACUUUCCUCCUUUCUCACUUAUCUUCCCAAAUAAUUGCUCAGAUGUUUACUAGCCAAAACUAGCUGGGCUUGAAACAACCUCUGGCAUUCAGAGGAGUCCUAGAGGGUUGUGAGUGGAGGAACCAUCCAGGCGUGAAGGGUGCCUCUUGGACACAAGAAGUGGAGCCCGUCUUGAUUAUUUCCAUCGUUAUGUUACGAUAUAGAAGCAAUGCAGCUGCGAGCUGCUAGCUUGAAAACAUCACAUGAUGGAAUGUUGGGACUGUUCCGUGGGAAACAGAGGGACAGUCAAUUCACAGUGCGAAGCACCGGAAUUAGCUCAGAGUGUAAUAUGAGCUCUUCCUUUUGUUCCUGUACAGGAAGUACAGGAAGUGUUUGUCACUCGACUGCUGGAGAUUGAAGAGAGCAGUCACGUUUUUUUGUAACGCUGCAAAGACAGAAAUAAAGGCAUGUAAAUACGUUUCUGUCUAUCUCUUUCCCCUGCUGGGGGGGCAGGAAAGAGGGGGGGGUGUUCUCACGCUGAGAAGAAUCGCCUAUCGUGACCUAGCCUGAAUCUUGCUGGGGAAUGCAGACAGGGAGGUCAACAGGAAAUCAAGCUGGGUGCCUGGAGAGUUGCCAGUUACAACUGAUAUAGGCUUGAAUUCUGACACGUUUAAGGUAUAUGUUGGGUUUUAGGAACUCUUGUUUACUCUCACCCCUUAUCUGUCAGUUGCUGUGUAUAAAACUCUAGCUCCCCAUGAAAUAUUUUCUGCAGCUCAUUGAUGAACGCACAACUGUUACCAGCUUCCUCUUAAGACUGUAAUGACCCAACUUUUCCAUUUUCCAAAGAUGUAUGCAGACUCCAUCUUUUCAUUGUAUUAUAUUUAUUGUAUUGUACACAUGGCAUCACUCACUUAAAACCUGGUUUGAGGUAACAAUUAAAAAAACGGAACCUUCUAAAUUAAGACUACGAUGCCACUUCUACAGUAAUGGCUUCACAUUUUCCGGUAUCUUGAUCUGUACAGGAAACGUGCAGUGAUCCAUCCCUAAGAAAAGAGAGAUUUUUAUAGUGUGAACCUCUGGAGACUAAUUGCACCCUGAGAGGGGCUGAAUAGGUCUCAAAAACUAAGCUCCCACGUUGGAUGUCCCCAUCAUUCCUCCGUGGAAUUCUUUGAUUCAGCUGACAGGUGUGGGGAGUCCCAUUACCCAGAAAACAUGCUCUCCUUUGUGGGGAACCUGUGGCUUUCCAGCUGUUGGGAUUCCCAGCAUUCACUAGCCACGGGGAGCAUGGCCAGCACUCAGGAAAGAAGAGAGGUGCGAUCCAGCAACAUCCCCAUCCCUCUCUUAACUGAAAAGGAAAGGGGCAGCAGAAGGGAAUGUUAACCAGAGCACCCCACAGUUCAAAGAACGCUUGCCCACUGAUCUGGGAAAGAAAAAGCAUCCCUGAUAUUCCAGAAGUUGAUUUGAUCCACAGUUCUACCCUAAUACAUCAACUCCUGAUAGGUGGAAUUUCUGCAGUACCUUGAAAAUUAAGGUAAAGGUAAAGGGACUAUUAGGUCCAGGCGUGACCAACUCUGGGGUUGCAGCUCUCAUCUCGCUUUAUUGGCCGAGGGAGCCGGCGUACAGCUUCCGGGUCAUGUGGCCAGCAUGACUAAGCCGCUUCUGGCGAACCAGAGCAGCGCAUGGAAACACCGUUUAGCUUCCCGCUGGAGCGGUACCUAUUUAUCUACUUGCACUUUGAUGUGCUUUCGAACUGCUAGGUUGGUAGGAGCAGGGACCGAGCAACGGGAGCUCACCCCGUCGCGGGGAUUCGAACCGCCAACCUUCUGAUUGGCAAGUCCUAGGCUCUGUGGUUUAACCCACAGCGCCACCUUGAAAAGUAGAUACUACCAAAAAGCUGCAACAGAAAAACCCGAGUUCUGAAAGAUGGACAUUUCACAUGUACUUGAUAUGCUGAACCAAAGUUGUAGUAUUUUGGUUUUCAGUACCUUUUCAUUGUGAGAACAGUUAAGAUAUCAUGCAGACCACCUUCCUUUAUAUCUAAAUCCUGGAGGACAAUCUGCUUAAAACAAAACAAAACAUUAAGAUCCUUUGUCAUCUGCAUCUUAUCUAUUCUAGCAAUUUUAACUGUCAAAACCAAAGAAAUGCAAGUGAGAUUAUAUCAAAAGCACUUUGAUUUAAACCAUUUGUUCUACAUUGCCAUAUACAAAAGCUAAAAUAUAAAAUAUUGAGCUACAAAGUUUCAAGGUAAUUUCAGGAAAAUGGUUUUCUAAGGCAGACAAAGCAUGCUCUGAAAAAACUAGUGAAUCAAUUUGUAAGGCUAAAGGGAGUAAUAAAUUAGCAUGUAUUUCAACACAGGUGAGCAACUUGCAGCCCCUAUUGUUUACAAUUUUAAUUUAGAUUAACCAAGUUACUUGAUAGUUUUUAUCUGCUUUAAAUGUUUUUUAAAAUGGUUUUUGUGCACCCACCCUGCUCUAAAAAUACCGUAGAUGUGUUUACAACAUUUUAUAAGCUAAGGAAUUUAAGAGGCAAAAGCUUCAAAUGCCUAAUGAACAUACAAAUAAGAUUUGUGACAGUGAAGUAUGCUUUUGAGUAAACACUGGGGAAAACAAGCGUUAUUUUCUAUUUAUAUUUCUUCACCUGUGCAAAUCUGUUGUCCUCUUUUAUGGGGAUCUUUUCCAGAGACUCGUAUAAUUCUAGGCAGACAGAGGAGUUGCUUCCUGGGGCUUGUAGAGUAUGCUGCCUUCGAGCUGGCAAAGGGGUUCCUGAUGGGAAGACCACCACAAAUUUAUCAGCCCCUGACUGAUCCAUUGCCUAAGAAAUAAGAGAGAUGAAGUUGGGUAUAUUAAACUUAGAGCAAUCAAUAGACAAGGAGGAUGAAUUUUAUGCCUAUUCCAUGUUAAGAGACAAAUAUGAAUUACUUUUAAAUGCUCAAGGGUACUAUCUUCAGAUAAAGCACAUGCUAACUGCCAUUAACGGACCAGCCGCUUUUACAGCUGCAGACACCCCAGAUAUAUUAAAACAGCUGAUUAACUCUUAUGUAACAACACACACACCCAUUUCCUUAUAUAGGAAGAAUGGUAUAAGGAACUGGAGAUUCUCGACCAAACAAUGGGAAACUAUGUUAAGUUCUAUAACAAGCAUGCCUCUGGACCUCAAAUUCAGUCUCAUACAGAAAAAAAAAUAAUAAUUUAGGACUCCAUUGCGCUCAUUUAUGAAAGGACUAAGACAUUGAGCUGCUGGAGAUAAUGCUUCUCUAAAACACAGGUUUGUACAAUGUCCUAUAUUGAUAAAUUUUUGGCAGAAGGUAAUAGAGAUGAUCAACAUGACUGUACGGAAUAAUCAUAAAUUUGCAGAGGAAAAUAUCCUUUUGAAUUAUAUACCCAAAACACAUGGAAUCUAACAAAGGGAGAAUAUGAAUGGACUAUCUCUGUCCUCAUUACAGCAAAAAGACAGGUAUUAAUGAACUGGAAAAAUAAAUAAGUGGCUUAUUUUCAUGCCUGAAGAUAUGAACAAACUGUGUGCAAACACGGCCAAAUUUAACAGUAUUUGGAAUUAUUUUUUGUAAAUAGCGUAUUAAGUUAAAGUCUGGUUAACUACAAUAAAAAAAUCAUUUUUUUGUAAUGUAUAUAAUGUUUUGUUGUUCUGUUGUUUUCUGCAAAGCUACUAUUUCUUUUUUCUUCUUUUUUGUCAUAUCUUACUCUCUGUACAUGUAAUUAUGUACUUUUUGUUUUCCAAAAAAGAAUAUAAAGUAAAGAAAUAAGAGAGAUGCAACAUACCGUAUUUUUCGUCCCAUAGGACGCACCUAGUUUUUUGGGGGGGAAAUAAAGGAAAUUUUUCCCCCUUUAUUUCCCCCCCCCAACCAGGUCGGGGAACAGCGGGAUGGCGGCGCUGCGCCUCCCCGCUGUCCCCCGAGCUUGUGGGGCUGGCCGAUGUCUGCCCGAAGCACGGGGUGCUCUGCUUCAGCGUGCCCCGCGCUCUGUGCAGCAGGCUGCUAUCCGCAGCCUAGGGAGCCCUGUGGGAACUCCCUCAGGGCUCCCCACGCUGCGGAUAUCUGCCCAGCGCGAGGGGCGCUCUGCUUCAGGGCGCCCGCGCGCCGGACAGCAGGCUGCUAUUCCGCAGCCUAGGGAGCCCUGCAAGAACUCCCGCAGGGCUCCCCACGCUGUGGAUGUCUGCCCGGCGCGCGGGUCACUCCGCUUUAGGGCGCCCUGCGCGCCGGGCGGCAGGCUGCUAUCCGCAGCCUAGGGAGCCCUGUGGAAACUCCCGCAGGGCUCCCCAGGCUUGCUGAUAGCUUCCUGAAGCCUGGAGAGCGAGAGGGGGUCGGUGUGCACCGACCCCUCUCGCUCUCCAAGCUUCAGCGAAAGCCUGUAUUCGCCCCAUAGGACGCACACAGAUUUCCCCUUCAUUUUUGGAGGGGAAAAAGUGCGUCCUAUAGGGCGAAAAAUACGGUAAGCACUCUGCAGAAAGGACCCCAGAUCUUAAGGCACCACAAUGUGUUACAGCACGUGCACUGCGACGACAGACAGGAAAACAUUACAGCACAAACAGUGACCCCUGAGUAAAAAGGAGGGGAGAUUUUAAAUAUGAUUCUGUAUUGAUUCAUGCUACUAGUCAAAUCCUAUGAGUGUUGAAAUAAUUUAUGGAUCAGAUAUGAAGGUGAAAUGGGUGGCCAAAUUAAUUUUUUUUAAUGAAUUGGAUUUAUUUGAUAGACUCCUAAUUAAAUUUUAAAAUAUGAAAGUUUACUAUUUAUGUUGGCGUGUUAAGAUGACCUGUCAAUUCUGGAAUCUUAGGGAAUCCUAUUCAAAUACUUAGUCCUUCAAUUAAAAACACAGAGUUCUGAAUGGCAAAUAUAUUAACUGUGCAUCAAUAUGAAAUAACGAGUUUCAGUCUCUCACUUAUUUACUUUAAUUGCUACUUAAGUGACCCCAAAUCUCUUUCAGGAAAGUUUUCACAUUAAAACCUAAACCCACAAAGGUAGCAGUGGUGGAAGAUAAUUAAUACAGAUUAGGGAGGGAGCUCUCUUUCUAAUUCUAAGCAAGAGAUAUAAAGACAUUCAUUCAUUUAAUUUGCUUGCUUACCUUGACUAAGAUAUCUUUGGCAGAACAUUCAAUAGGCAGUAUCUCAUCAUCUAAAAAUGUAUUUUCUCUUCCUAGCAAGAUCCCAGCUUCCAUGGCAGCCCCAAUGGGAAUGACCUCAUCUGGAGGAAUAGAGUUCAGCAAUUCAACACUAGGGAAAAGUUCUUUGAUCAACUGCUGCAGUUUUGGGAUGCGAGACGAUCCGCCACAGAGAACUACCUAGAGGACAUUAAAGCAUUAAUAGGACAACAGCAAAGAUGGACCGGUUAGGCUUUUCAAAGGGUACUUGUGUAUGCAAACUUUGCAAACACGCAAACACACACACACACAGAAAGUGGGGGGAAACAGAUGUCCAGACUUAUUAUCCUGGCUUGUUAAUUGGCAUUAAGUUAUAGUCCCCCACCCCCGCUGCACAACCACUCAGAUGUAAUGGAGAGCAGUGGCUUCAGGAAUUAAGCUGUGAAGCAGCACCUGAGAGGAGGGGAGCAGCUAGAGAGUAGCGCUGGGUGAUACCUGGGUUUCAACCAGAUAUAUCACCAGCUAAACAUCGCAAUAUACUGAUAUUUCACGAUGUCUGAAAUAAGGAUGCACUGGAUGCACUAUAGAGGCACUGGAUGGCUUCACAAUUUUUUCCUGCAUGGUGAUUUUUGCAUUGCACGCACGCACACAUCAUGAUUUGAGAUAUAUUGCCAGGUCAAAAAUUCUGAAACCAUUACCAUGAUAUGGACUUGAAACUGGUUUUAGAUGGUAUAUCAUCCAGCCCUAACACACUUCAUGAUUCAAGAUAUAUAUUGCCAGGGCAAAAACUAUGAAACCGGUAUCACAAUACAGACUUGAAACCGGUUUUGGACGAGAUACUGAUAUAUUGCCCAGCCCUACUAGGGAGGAAUACUUGUCCCUGAUUUCAUUUCCAGUUUAAUAAAGCAUGGUUUGUGAAGCCUUGAACAAUAGUCCAAACC